AUGUGGAGCAUUACCGAUGCUUUGGUUUUGGAAAUGCACAUGCUGGAAGCGAUUUUUUCAAAACUUGCGCCACAGUUCCAGCCGAUCGGACCAAACGACAGCCGAUUUCGCAACGCUAGCCACAAGACGGUGUUUAUUAACGGUGAAAAUUUUUUCGAAGGUUUACAAGGUGCACAAAUCCUAAACCUUGUUGUGGAAGAGAAAACGCUGGCAAGCUCGGGCUGGGAUGGCAUCGAAGGAAGAGGGAGUGGCCCUCAGAAUGCGUCAAAUAUCAGACGGCGCGUCCUCCUUGAGUUUAGUGGCACGAAAUCUGGCGGUCUUGGGACUCUGAGCGAGCAGGAUACUUCGGCAGGUGCUAGGAGCGGAUCCGCCCCAAAAGAGCGGAACUUACCUACGAGGACCCCAACCAUCUUAUCCCUCGGCCUUUAUGACCAUAGCAUGUACAUCGACUGAUUCUCGUCCU